AUGCCCAUGAAACCCCGAUUGCCAUCCGCGGCUUCCAACGUAAGGCCCAUCUCCAAAGAGCUGCUUGGUCCUGCCCAGAAAGAAGAUGACUCGUGCCCCCUACUAGAUGUCUUUGAUCAUCCAGAGUUUUCGGACUUCUUCAUGGAGAGUUUUGCUCAUGUGGCUGAUCCGUCGUCCACCCUUGAUCCAUUGGAAAUGUGGCAGCCUCAAGAUGAAACGUGGGAAUCCAGCUUUGACUACAAAGAAACUGCGACCACGAAGCCCGAUGCUUUGGAAAGUAGCAAGAGAGUGCCGUGUCCUGUCUCAGCGCCACCACCUCUCAUGGACCUUGUUAGCCAAUCAGACCUUGCUACCGUCCCGCAUACUGUCUCUCCCACUCUUACUUCUUGUCAUGUCAAUUAUUCUUCGAUUGGGCACCCCAACUAUGAACAAACAAGCCCACGGGUCUCUCCGGUAGGGUUCCAAAGCGCUAUCCAGUUGGAUGAUUUGUAUACAUCUCCCCUUCACAAUGCCUUGAGACAUGGUACCAGCCUGCCAAUUGUGAAAGCCAUUGUCCAAGCGAGCGCCUCUCUACUGACACAAAAGGAUGGCCCAGAAGGCUUGACACCGCUCAUUUUGUCGUUGAAUGCAAGACCCCAAGAUUCAGAAACCCACUGUUUUCUGCUACAGGCACUACCAAAUUCAGCCGCCAUUGCCUCGGGUGCAAACCUAGACUUGCCACUUCACAUGGCAUGUCAAGGCUUUGUGAGCAUGGAUGUGGUAUUGGCCUUGAUUCAAGCCCAUCCUAUGGCACUGUAUCAGGCCAAUGUCCAUGGUUUGACUCCUUGGGAUAUUGUAACAAGACGACCCGAUUCCUUCCACAGCCGGGUGCUUUCUAAACUCUUGCGGGAAGCCAACAUGAGUCUCCAGCUUUCUCAAAGCAGAUCCCCUGCAGGUUUGCAGCAGAACUCCAGUGAAUCAAGUCUUCCCGAGUCUUCAGGGAAAUUGGGCUUCACAGCAGCUGUCCCAAUGUGGCUUUAA